GCUACCCAAAACGGGGCCCCUGGAGCCAGCAUUUUGAACGUAUUGCAUCGUGCAGGGCAGAAUUCUCCACGUGUGGACGAUCAGUCCCCUUUGCUGACUCGUUCAUUAAGCCGGUGCUCCUGGCCGUCCAAACCCUCCGCUGGGUGCGGACUGUUGUCUCCGCAGCUGCAGGAGCUGACUUUUUCGGCGCCGUGGUCUCCUGUUGAAGGUGGUCGCAGCACGUUUCAGGGAUGUAUAUGCAGGUGGAGACACGCACCAGCUCCUGCCUCCAUCUGAAGAGGGCUCCAGGCAUCAGAUCCUGGUCCCUGCUGGUUGGAAUCUUGUCGAUCGGCCUGGCUGCUGCCUACUACAGUGGAGAUAGUCUGGGCUGGAAGCUCUUCUACGUCACGGGCUGUCUGUUUGUGGCCGUGCAGAACCUGGAGGACUGGGAGGAAGCUGUCUUCAACAAGAGCACCGGGAAGGUAGUGCUGAAGACAUUCAGCUUGUAUAGGAAGCUGCUGACUCUCUGCAGAGCAGGCCAUGACCAAGUGGUGGUCCUGCUCAGUGACAUCCGGGAUGUGAAUGUGGAGGAGGAGAAGGUCCGGUACUUCGGGAAGGGCUAUGUGGUGGUGCUUCGGUUCGCCACAGGCUUCUCCCACCCUCUCACCCAGAGUGCUGUCAUGGGCCACCGCAGUGAUGUGGAAGCCAUUGCCAAGCUUAUCACUACUUUCCUGGAGCUGCACCGCCUGGAGAGUCCUGUGGAGCUGUCUCAGAGCAGUGACAGUGAGGCUGACGGCCCCGGAGACCAGAGCUGACCUCCAUGGCACCCCUCAGCAGGGUUCUGAUGGGGCCCCAGCAGGACUGAUGGGCUGCCUGGGAGUCUUUCUCCUCGGCUCUUGGCUGUGUCCCUGGCAGCCCCAGGGCAGGACCCUCAGCCAUUCCUGCUGCUUGCUUCUGUCCUCCAAGUGAAACCACAGGGGGAUCUUCUCUGCAGGCUGAUGUGCCUCUUCCUGGAAUCAGCCCAUUGGGGCAGUAGCCUGGUGUGGACAGGCCAGACCUGCUAGCCAUGUGGGGCUCAAGGCCUCUGAAAUGGGAAGGACACCCGGGGUCCCAGGGCACGAAGCAUAGGACUGAGCUCUCUGGGUCAGGGUCUUGCCAGGACUCAGUCCUGCAGGUUACAACAAGCUUUCAGCAGGCAGGUGUGGGGCCUGGCUGGGUCAGCCUCUGAGGAUGCUGUCUCCGCCUGUUCUGUGGAUCCUAGCUCCUUCCCUGUUCCCCAUGUUCAUCCCUUCCACUAGCCAGACGCCCUCAGUGGUCAGAAGUGAGGUGCUCACCCGUGAGCUCCUGGUGCUCAGGGUGCACGCCAAGGGGCCCAUUUGAUUGGUGUGCUGUUGCCAUAGUGAGGCCUCUAGAACCCCAAUGGCUCAUCUCGAGUCCAGAUGAGGCAGGAGACAGAUGCUGGCCUUCUGUUUGCGCUCCAGAAUGGAAGUAACAACAGGGUAAAUAGCCAGUGUUUGUCUCUCUUAAACACCUUAGGGUAGUAAUCAUGCAAAGACAAAGGGGCAAAACCCUGUUUUGAGUAAAGGAUUAAGGGAUGUCCACUCCUCCCUCUUGUGGGACCAGGGAGACACUGCACAUACACAGAAAGGUCAAGUCGGGGUUAAAAGUCAGGAUAAUGCUAGGCCAUAAUGAGUCUUGCUCCUCCCAGAAGCCUUCAGUUGGAGAUUCAUCUUGGCUGAGAGGUGCAUGCACACCCAAAGGAGCAUCUCAGGGUAGGUCAGGUGUGGAAAAGAAACCAGAUAACUGGCUGAAGGUAAAGACCUGGAAGAACUGACCUAUAUAAAUGACUUAACCGCCCCUUUCCAGUGCUCCUCCUGAGAGAUGCCCACACCCGUUCUCUCUGGGCGUGCAUCUCUGCCUUGCUUCUUUCUCAACAACCAGUUCUCCAUGUGCUCUUCCGCUUGUUGUUAUGCUAAGUCUCAAUAAACUUUGUACCUGCAUUAACA